AUGUCCUCCGCAGCCAAGUCCAGAUGGGCCGAAGAUGACGCCGAAACGCAAGCAUAUCUCGACCAGAAGAAGCGCGAGAAAGAAGAGAAGAAACGAGCAAAGGCCGAGAAACAGCGACAAUUCGAGGAAGCCCAGAAGCAACGGCAAUCUGCGUCAUUGGCCAUUGAGGCGGCAAACGCGAAUGGCAGCGCAGGAGCUGGAACAGAUGGCGGCGGUACGCAAGCGGAGCGACCAACGAAGCGACGAAGGCUUUCAAUGGACCAGGCUGCCGAUGGACGCGUCGCUGGAGAGAAACCGACAGCUAUACUUCGUUUCCCCGGUCCAGAAUGGGGUCCUUGCCGUCAUGUGGAUAACUACGAACGGCUAAAUGCCAUCGAAGAGGGCUCCUACGGCUGGGUUUCGAGAGCAAAGGACGUCAACACGUCAGAGAUUGUCGCGAUCAAAAAGCUCAAGAUGGAGCACAAUUACGAUGGCUUUCCAAUUACCGGGCUUAGGGAGAUUCAAACACUACAAGAAGCCCGUCAUCCGCACAUUGUGAGGCUGCGGCAGGUUGUGAUGGGGGACACCAUGGACGAAGUGACAUUAACCUUUUCCUUUGCAACUACUUCCUCUUUUCGCAGCGUAUUUUUGGUUAUGGACUUCCUGGAGCAUGACCUCAAGACCCUCCUCGACGACAUGCGCGAACCAUUCCUCCCCUCCGAGACGAAGACGCUGCUCCUGCAACUUAUUUCUGCCGUUGAGUUCCUUCAUUCGCAUUGGAUUAUGCAUCGCGAUUUGAAGACGUCAAACCUCCUGAUGAACAAUCGCGGGGAAAUCAAACUUGCGGAUUUUGGCAUGGCUAGGUACUAUGGCGAUCCACCGCCGAAAUUGACACAACUGGUCGUCACCUUGUGGUACAGAUCGCCAGAGCUACUCCUGGGAGCAGAAAAAUACGGGCCAGAGAUUGAUAUGUGGAGUAUCGGGUGUAUAUUUGGCGAACUACUCACCAAAGAACCGCUCCUUCAAGGGAAAAAUGAAGUCGAGCAACUUUCAGAGAUCUUCAAGCUUACCGGCCCGCCAAAUUCACAAAUUUGGCCCGGUUUCCGCUCCCUACCAAACGCAAAGUCCCUCCGCCUCCCACCAUCCACAACCUCCUCGAAACGCCCUACCACCGUCCCCCUCCUUCCCCGUGCCAAAUUUCCCUACCUAACCACCGCCGGCCUCACCCUUCUUUCCAACCUCCUCGCACUCAACCCCGCUUCCCGACCCACGGCCAAAGAGUGCCUCUCACACGCCUACUUCCGCGAAGAUCCCAAGCCCAAGCCGAAAGAAAUGUUCCCAACUUUCCCGUCCAAGGCGGGUAUGGAGAAGAGAAGGAAGAGGGAUACGCCGGAAGCGCCCAAAAGGGGGGAAGAAGCACCGAGUCUGGAUUUUGCAGCUGUUUUUGGGGGGAAAGGCGGCACGGCGGAGAGUGGAACGGAGGUUGGGGCUGGGUUUACGUUGCGGUUGGGCUAG